CAAGUAAUUUUUGUGUUGAUGCAAAGAAAUGUUCGGACAUUUUGUUGCCGAUCUGACGACCGUAGAAAAAUAAGCUCCACAGUGUGACUUUUCAGGGCAAUUUAUCACCUCGUUCUUGUUGCUGUGGGCUGUGGCAGUAUAUAUCCACCACUCAGCUAUUUUGUUGUCGUCUUUGUCAGGAGAAAUACAUAGCUUCGGCUGAACUUGCUCAUCUCUAAGACCUUCGCACAUAAUUCUCUUGCAUUCCUGCACUAUACCAUGGCAAAACUGAUCCGAGAUGUUAUGAAUAAUUCGUUUGACUAUCCUAUCGAUGCCCAAGACAUCCCAAGGUGCUACUCUUUUCAGAGUGUACAUGGUAAAGCGAUCUGCCACCGUUGCACCAGGUGCAAAAAGUCAUGGAGUACCAGUCUAGCAUGGUUGACCUUCGACCUCAGGAACCAGAAAAUUGCAAGGGCGUGGCUGCAGAAAUGCAAAAGGUGCAAAGCCGAUAACCUUUUGUCGUUUCCACGUGAUGAGUUGGAAAAAAUGAUCAUACAUGCAGUGGAAAGAAUGUUGAGUUUGCAAGAUGGGAGCUACCAAGGCAGAAGACGCUUUGGUGAUGAUGAUCGACGCCGACCACCACACGAACAACGCCUGUGUGAACGCUGUGGAUACGGAAACAGGAAAUGCUGGUUGGGCGGCAACUACUAAAAGAGCUUUUGUAACCUAAAAUAGACCUUAUGCACAAGACGUCAUUUUUCAGUAGGGCGCCCUCACCUAGAAGUCAAAGGAGGGUUGUUCAUGGCCAAUCCCGUGCGCCGCGCGUACAAUAAUCUGUGCGUUUCGCAUGGCGUUUCGAUAUCGUCACCACUUUACCUCUAAGAUGGCGGCUGGAUGACGUAAAUGCACAAGGUCUAUAAUGUUGAGAGAAUGUUUUUGCCACGACGGCUGCCUUGUAGAGCCGGGACGUGCCUGUUAAUUUUAAAUUAUAUUAUAAGCUGAAAUCGAUAUCGUGCCGGUAACAAUCGAACUCAAUAAAGGGAAGAUAUUUUUGGCCCAAUGACCAGGGCACCAAUGUAAUUGGGACGGUUAUUGUGAUUUGAAAUUCGCUAUAUUAUUAUAAUAAUGUGUUACUUAUUUAUUUAUUUAUUUA